CUUUUAGACUUUGUGCCUUGCGCCCUCAGUUAGUUUGCUCAUAGUGCGCGAGAACCAGCGACGACGAGUUCAGCGCGCUUGCAGUCGCCGGCCCCGCUGCGGCUGGAGCAGGGAAGGUGUUGGAGCCAGUGGAGCGCCGGCCGCCGAGCCGCUCUCCUCUCCCAGUAUCCGCCGCCGCCGCUGCCAGCCGCUGCCGCCACUUGUUGAGCGGCCGGCAACCGCGACGCAUUGUUGGUCCGCUUUCGUGCGUUGUACGGAUUGUGGGCACAGGCACGCAGCUUUCGCGGGCGAAGCGUAUACAAUCGGUCACGCAAUGUUCAAGCUCAUCGCCAGCCGAUUUCCCGGCGCGCGCACGAAAUGGGCAAACUUAAGCAUUCUCCCACGUCCCCAUCGCGUGGAGACCCGCCGAUCAUGGAUGAGUGCUGCGAGCAAAGAGGAUCUUGACCUCAUCCUCUGUCAAUCAACAUUGUUGCAGGGUCCUGAAAGGAUAAGAGUUGGAAAUGCUGGCACCGUGCCAGAAACAGAGGUGACAACUGUGUACGAAGCUCUUCUCAAUGGGCAACGCAUGAACAGAAACAAGAAAGCCUGUGGCUACUGGAGUAAAGACUUGAAAGAACUUCACUGGAUAAGCUAUGAGGAGCUCUUGGAGAAAUCCCAAAUGUUUGGCUCUGGACUGCUGUCCCUGGGGCAAGUUCCUCGUGAGAGCAUCAUCAUGAUCAACUGCAAGACGGGCCUUGAGUAUGUCAUCUCAAACUACUCCCUGUCGCACUACUCCAUGGUUUCCUGCCCAGUCACAGUCAAUGCUGAUCUCGAGGCCACAACAUUUGUUCUCCAGCAAGUGGAAAGCUCUUUGUUGGUAUGCGACUCUGCGGACAAAGUGCAAUACUUCCUCAGCAAAAAGGACUCGCUACCAGCUCUCAAAACUAUUGUCUGUGCCGAUGACAUUUCACGGGAUGUUAUCGCCGCAUGUCGCAGCAAAGGAGUGGAGUUGGUGCUGUGGAGUGAUUGCCUGAAACUUGGUUCAAAGUCUGUCCAAGAGUCCAUUCCACCAACACCUGACAUGCUCUAUGGACUUCUCUAUACAAGUGGUACAACAGGAUUGCCCAAAGGUGUGCCCGUCACGCACAGGAGACUCGUGAAGACGGCCAAUGCCAUCAACCAUCUGGCAGGGCCAAUGAGGGCUGAGCCAGGGCACAUCUGUUUCUGCUACCUGCCAACAGGCCAUAUUUAUGAACACAUCUAUGAGGUGACCACACUGACGCGUGGUGCAACCCUGGGCUUCUACAGAGGAAAUGUGCAGCUCCUCUUGGAUGAUAUGAAAGCACUGAAGCCUCACAACCUGCCCAUGGUGCCUCGUCUUCUCAAUCGCAUCUAUUACAAGGUUCACUCUGAAGUUCACAAGAGUGCCAUCAAGACAGCAGUGUUCAACUUUGCUGUGAACCAGAAACGCAAGCUUCUUAAAAAGGGCAUUGUGACAACUGACACAGUAUGGGACAAGUACGUCUUCAAGAAGAUUCGCGAUGAGCUUGGCGGCAACUUUCAGUACGGCUUGACAACCUCUGCACCUGCCAAGAAAGAAGUUUUAGAAUUCUUCAGAUGCGUCUUUGGAUGCCAUCUUGUGGAGGUUUAUGGCAGCACUGAAGCCAGUGUGGUUUCAAGCACACUCCCAUAUGACUUUGUAGGAGGAGACAACGUUGGCUGUCUUUUUCCGGAAGUUGAAAUGAAGCUGGUUGACGUUCCAGAGAUGAGCUACUUUGCAAAAGACGACAAGGGGGAGAUCUGUGUCCGCAGCCCUUUGACCUUCCAGGGUUACUUCAAAAAUCCCAAGGAGACUGCAGAUACAGUGCUUCCAGGUGGCUGGGUACUCACAGGGGACAUUGGGAUGUGCACGUCGACAGGAGCACUCAAAGUUAUUGACAGAAAAAAAGACUUCUUCAAGCUCUCACAGGGAGAAUUCAUCUCACCUGAUCGAAUUGAAAGUGUUUACAGUAUGAUGGACUACAUUGCAACAAUAUUUGUUACAGGGUGUCCAACCCAGUCCUUUUGUGUUGCCAUUAUUAUUCCUCAUGAGGAGCCUCUCAGGGACCUUGCUGCUUCCUGCGGUCUCAACAAGAAGGCACCCCUAUCUGAUAUCUGUAAAAAUCUGACUGUGCGCAAAACUUUGCUGAAGGAGAUGCAAAAACAUGGGAAAGAAAGUGGCUUGAGCUCUCUGCAUCAGGUUCACAAUGUACACCUGCAUAUAGAGAAUGACCUUCUGGCCUCUGGACUUGUGACAAACACGCUGAAGCUCAAGCGAAAUGUUGCACGACAACAAUUUGCAAAUGCCAUCCAAGACCUGUACAGUGAAGGCCAGCUCCUCAGCACAUGACACCAUAGUGUUGUCAACUCCAAAAAGUGCCCAGUGCAUCGAAGAUGGUCAAAACAUUCACAAUUCAGUUCAGUUCAGUUUUAUUCCUUAAAGGCCCCCAUUUCAGGGGGUGUUACAUAAGGGGUGGGAUUACAUUUGUAGUGAGGAAGACAAACAGCGAUGGUGAUUUAACAUUGAAGGUGAUCUGUUACGCGUUCUUGAAAAGCAGGUGUUGAAGCGAUGGCGACGAUGUCAUGGGGUAGGCCGUUCCAGUCCGUGGCUGCUCGAAGAAAUAACGAAGCUGAAAACGUAGUAGUACGUGAUAGUGGGCGGGCAACUUGAAGGGGAUGACUGGUGCGGUGAGAUAUGCGUGAUGCGGCGACGAUAUACGGUGCUUGAUUGAGAGGAGAAUAAAAGAACUUGUGAUAAAGGGUGAGGCUAGCAAUGCGACGACGAAAAGAGAGGGGUGACAGUCCGGAUGUAGUUUUCAAGGAUGAAACACUGACGUCAUAUGAGUAUGAGGAAUGAAUGAAUCGGGCAGCACGACUCUGCACAGCUUCCAAUGCGGUGAUUAGAUAUGCUUGAUGUGGGCUCCAGAUGGGGGAGGCAUAUUCUAAUUUGGGUCUUAUAAGUGAUUUAUACGCGAGCAAUUUAACAUGUGGUGGGGCAAGACGAAGGUGACGUUUUAGAAAACCAAGUGUUUUGUUUGAUGCUGAAAUGAUGUUACCGAUAUGAACCUGCCAUGAUAGAUUAGAAGAGAGGGUGACUCCUAGAUAUUUAUAUGAUUGUACUUGCUCAAUCUGUGUGUUAGAAAUUAAAUAAUGAAAGAGAUAUGGAUUGUGACGACGAGUGAAGGACAUGAGUUUACAUUUACUAGGAUUGAGGGACAUUAGCCAGUUAUUACACCAAUUUAGUACGUUGUUAAGCUCUGUCUGAAGAAUGUAUUGAUCGUGGAAUGUGGAAUGUUACUAACAGAAUAUUAGCUGACCUACGUUAGGUACAGCUGUGUUCCACCACAGUCAGUCAUUGUUCUUUUUUUUUUCUUGAAACUGUACCAGACUGGCACUUAAAUGGACACUAUGUGUGAAUGUUAAAGCAAGCUAAAAUGACAGAUUAGUGUUCCAAAAGGCCCAGGGCAUUGCUUUCACGAAGAGCCUCUCGGAAGUGAAAAAAUGACAUAAAUGUAAUAAUGUCCCAUACAUGGUUGGUAAACACUGUCUAAACAAUGACAACAAAAAGGUAAUUAAAUUGGACCUCAACACGAAAAUAAAGCAAAGUGCAGUUUGGUCAACCUAAUCAAAUUCUUCUACAAAGGAACUGAACACAAAUGUCUUUAUGUUUCUAGAAGUUCAGCAUAACAGUCUAGACUGAUCGAACAUUUGCCUCGUGUGUUCCUUUAAUUUUGUAGCAGUGGUUAUACAUGUGCAAAUUUGCUUUCACGGUUUCAUAUUCAGCUGGCGAGAUUUCCAGAAGAGGAUGUUUGCAUCUUGCUACCCUUUUGGUUGUGAACAGAAACGCUGUGGCAUUAACAUAGAACAAAGAUCUCUGCAGUUCACUGUGUAGACUGCUGAUACAAAAAAGGAUUUCGUUAUGUUGACAGACAUUACAGUAGUAUUGUUUGAAAUGCUCCAAUGGCAGCUAUUAUCUCCGCUCUGUAUUGCACACGUGAAUGCCCAUUCUUUUGACUUGCCAUCACCUGCCGUGCUCGCAAGGAUGUUUUGUACCAGGGCCAUAAAAAUCAAAAGUUUGUUCCACAUAUGUGUGGCACAGUUUUUAAAUGUUUGGAAGGUGUUGGUGGAGCAUAUAUGUAUAUAUUGAGUGGCUGUAUACAGCUGAUAUUUACUCAGUUGUUUGUUGUUUUACAAACUGACAAAGAGCAGACUAUUUGUUGUUUUAAAUAGUAUAUACAGGUGCCCUGUACAAUGUGAAUAUGAUAACCCCACAUUCCUUGUGACAGCCUGUUUAUUUUUUUAAGCGUCGCACAGUAUUUUCAUUCUUGUUGUAAAUGUUCAUGUGUGCCUAAAAACUAUAGCGCGGUGUAUUUUUUUAACACUUUGUGCUGGUGCACAGAUAACCAACUUCGACUUUCGCAAAAUGAAACAGUUUGAAGCGUUGUUAGGCAAAUGAGAUUAAUGCUAUCCAGGCAUCCUGACAUUGCUGAACACCACAAUUCAAAGAAGCAAAAGUAUAUGGAAAUGGAAUUGCCAAGAAAAUUGAGAAAUUUUUGCAAAGGCAAGGCACGCACAUAAAAAAAAAAAAAACCCGAGACAGGCUCUGUGCAUUUGUACACAAUCUGCAGAGCACACCUACAAUUUACAAGCUCCAUGCUUACAGGAAAUCAAAUUUUCCUGGCUCCCUUGUACCCUGAGCUUUCAAGGAAAGUUAUACAUAAUGCAUGCACAUAACCAUGUAGACUCAUGUAAGGGUGGUAGUUUUUUUAAUUUUUCACAAUUUUGACGAGGUGCGACCCUUACACGGGACUGAACCUAUCGUUCAAAAUGGUGCCGGCGCAGCCAGCAACUUGUGCACACCCCAGGUCCCUGGAUGUACAUACCAGUGCAUCAGAGGUCAACACACAGCUCUCGACAUUGAGUAGCAGCGCAUGAAGUACACAGUGUGUGAAAAUUUGCCGAUGCACGCACGUGACAACAGGGCACUAAAUGUGAUUGCUUCUCCACUGGAAAUAUUCAUUUUCUUUCAAAUUUUGGGCUGCCAAGUUGGGGGUGCGGCCCUUACACGAGUCUAUAUGGUACAUUAUUUUCAUGCUAUCCUGUUCCAAACGGACAUCAAGUGCAAAUCAUUUAGUGCAAUAGUACUCUUUUCGUGCAAGCAUACUGUAUAUUUUUUUCGCAAGCUUGAACUUAAAAUAAUAAAAAAAGAUUGUGAUAAAGAAA